AUGUCGACAACCAACGGUAACACAGCGACAACAACUUCGUCGUUAACUUUACCACGAGCAUAUAUUGGAGCACGUCGUAAGCGACAAUAUCUUAACAACUAUUCGACGUCGACGUCGCUCGCAAAUGAGACGCGUUUCUCAAACGAGAACCCAUCGAAAGCAUUUCAAUUAAAUCAAUCGUCGGAAGAUAAUGAUUUGUUAAAUGUAGAAAUAACAGAUACUUUACAAACACAACAGGAAGAACAAGCUUUACUAGAGCACCUCUCAUCUUCGACUUCAGCAGACGAACGGCAACUUCAUCAACAUCGAC